GGUCCAAUCGCUGGCCGCGGGGCCCUGAAGGACCAAUGGGAACGCACCGCCCGCGACGGCCCAACGAGACGUCUCACUUUUCCCGCGAAACUCGGCGGCGGCGCGCGGAGGUCUGGUCUCUCCCGGAGUGCAGCCAUGUCCGGCUUCGACGACCCCGGCAUUUUCUACAGCGACAGCUUCGGCGGCGACCCCGGGGCCGACGAGGGGCAGACGCGCAAGUCGCAGCUGCAGCGGCGCUUCAAGGAGUUCCUGCGGCAGUACCGGGUGGGCACCGACCGCACGGGCUUCACCUUCAAGUACAGAGAUGAACUCAAGCGGCAUUGCAACCUGGGGGAGUACUGGGUCCAGGUGGAGAUGGAGGACCUGGCCGGCUUUGAUGAGGACCUGGCCGACUACUUGUACAAGCAGCCAGCCGAGCACCUGCAGCUGCUGGAGGAAGCUGCCAAGGAGGUGGCAGAUGAGGUGACCCGGCCGCGGCCCGCUGGCGAGGAAGUGCUCCAGGACAUCCAGGUCAUGCUGAAGUCGGACGCCAGCCCGUCUAGCAUUCGGAGCCUCAAGUCAGACAUGAUGUCACACCUGGUGAAGAUCCCUGGCAUCGUCAUUGCGGCCUCCGCGGUCCGUGCCAAGGCCACCCGCAUCUCCAUCCAGUGCCGCAGCUGCCGCAACACCCUCACCAACAUUGCCAUGCGCCCCGGCCUGGAGGGCUACGCCCUGCCCAGGAAGUGCAACACGGACCAGGCCGGGCGUCCCAAGUGCCCCCUCGACCCGUACUUCAUCAUGCCCGACAAGUGCAAGUGCGUGGACUUCCAGACCCUGAAGCUGCAGGAGCUGCCUGACGCCGUGCCGCACGGCGAGAUGCCCAGACACAUGCAGCUGUACUGCGACAGGUACCUGUGUGACAAGGUUGUCCCUGGAAACAGGGUCACCAUCAUGGGCAUCUACUCCAUCAAGAAGUAUGGCCUGAGCUCCAGCAGGGGCCGUGACAGGGUGGGCGUGGGCAUCCGGAGCGCCUACAUUCGUGUCCUGGGCAUCCAGGUGGACACGGACGGCUCUGGACGCAGCUUUGCCGGGGCCGUGAGCCCACAGGAGGAGGAAGAGUUCCGUCGCCUGGCCACCCUCCCCAACGUCUAUGAGGUCAUCUCCAAGAGCAUCGCCCCCUCUAUCUUUGGGGGCACAGAUAUGAAGAAGGCCAUUGCCUGCCUGCUCUUUGGGGGUUCCCGCAAGAGGCUCCCGGAUGGACUCACACGCCGGGGAGACAUCAACCUGCUGAUGCUGGGAGACCCUGGGACGGCCAAGUCCCAGCUGCUGAAGUUUGUGGAGAAGUGCUCUCCCAUUGGGGUGUACACGUCUGGGAAGGGCAGCAGCGCCGCGGGGCUGACCGCCUCCGUGAUGAGAGACCCCUCAUCCCGGAACUUCAUCAUGGAGGGCGGAGCCAUGGUCCUGGCCGAUGGUGGGGUUGUCUGCAUCGAUGAGUUUGACAAGAUGCGGGAAGAUGACCGUGUGGCAAUCCACGAAGCCAUGGAGCAGCAGACCAUCUCUAUCGCCAAGGCUGGGAUCACUACCACCCUGAACUCACGGUGCUCCGUCCUGGCUGCUGCCAACUCAGUGUUUGGCCGCUGGGAUGAAACGAAGGGGGAGGACAACAUCGACUUCAUGCCCACCAUCUUGUCCCGCUUCGACAUGAUCUUCAUCGUCAAGGACGAGCACAAUGAGGAGAGGGACAUGAUGCUGGCCAAACACGUGAUCACUCUGCAUGUUAGCGCACUGACACAGACACAGGCUGUGGAGGGCGAGAUCGACCUGACCAAGCUGAAGAAGUUCAUCGCCUACUGCCGAGCGAAGUGUGGCCCUCGGCUGUCAGCAGAGGCUGCAGAGAAGCUCAAGAACCGCUACAUCAUCAUGCGGAGUGGGGCCCGCCAGCACGAGAGGGACAGUGACCGCCGCUCCAGCAUCCCCAUCACUGUGCGGCAGCUGGAGGCCGUGGUGCGCAUCGCAGAGGCCCUCAGCAAGAUGAAGCUGCAGCCCUUCGCCACCGAGGCAGACGUGGAGGAGGCCCUCAGGCUCUUCCAGGUGUCCACGCUGGACGCUGCCUUGUCGGGCACCCUGGCAGGGGUGGAGGGCUUCACCAGCCAGGAGGACCAGGAGAUGCUGAGCCGCAUCGAGAAGCAGCUCAAGCGCCGCUUUGCCAUUGGCUCCCAGGUGUCUGAGCACAGCAUCAUCCAGGACUUCACCAAGCAGAAAUACCCGGAGCACGCCGUCCACAAGGUGCUGCAGCUCAUGCUGCGCAGGGGCGAGGUCCAGCAUCGCAUGCAGCGCAAGGUGCUGUACCGCCUCAAGUGACCUCCACCUCCCGGCUCUGCACCAGCUGCUCCCUGUGCUGCACCAGCAGGAAUCGGCGCCACCCUUGCCUCUGCCACCUCUUUGAACUUCACGUGCCUUCCUCUGCCCCCGAGGACGGAGCCCUGUCUCUGCCUCUGGGUGACUGCCUUUGGCACAGCUUCAGGAAAUGUGCUUCUGCUCUCUUGAAAGAAUAAAGCGUGGUGUCUGGGUGUCUGGGGACUUGUGCAGCUGGCGGCCUCGCCCUCACGGCAGGGCUGGCUGGCGAGAGCAGGCUUCGACGCGCGCCUCACGUAGGAGCCUGGGCGAGUCGCCUGGCUCUUGUGCUCCAGGUUCUCUGCUCAGGGCCGGGUGAGAGUCCCUGGCCACUGCUGCGGCGAGGGCAGGCGUGCCGCAGCGCAGCAGAGCUCGUGGGCCUGGCGGCCGGCCCUCCCCACGUCCCUGAGUGGCAGGAGCCGUGCCCGGCAGCCGGGCUGCCCUGCUCCGCUCAGCCUUUCUGAGCCUCCGUGUUCCUUGUCUGUGAGCAGGGCGAAGCCGUCCCUGCUUCCCGGGUGUGAGCAGGAAGGGCUGGCCUCUGAGCAAAACUCCAGAGGCACUUGGAGUCUGGGGAGGGAGGUCUCACCAGCCUCGGACAAAGCAGGCGGGAGCAGAGGGCCUGGGUCCCGUUCCGCCUGUCCCCAGGGGAGGCUCUGUGCCCGAGCCCACAUCUGAGUGGUUGGAAGCACGAGGGAAAACAUGCUGGUAUUUCAUCCUUAUUUUUCCUAACAUUGAAGUAUUUUGAGUUUGAGUUUCAUUUUUUAGAAUCUGGAAUUCACAAAAUUAAGGAGAAAUUAGUGUAAUAAAAUAUUUGAUAUUUAAAAUA